AUGGCUGUUACCAAGACCACCAAGGCUGCUAAGCAGUCCAAGACUUCGCACAAGUUCUUCAUCGACUUCUCCGGACCCGCUAACGACGGUAUCCUUGAUGCCGCCGCUUUCGAGAAGUACCUCCACGACCGCAUCAAGGUUGACGGCAAGGCCGGUAACCUCGGUGACCACGUCAAGAUCACUCGUGAGGACGUUCUUCGCUUCCCCAGCUUCCGCACACUGUCAGCUGUUCUCGGCAGUCUCUUUUCGGCAUCUUCCUUUCAUCAUGCCAUCCAUCUCCUCGCUACCUUCCGUCGCAUCCCCCAUCCCCCCACACCCCCUUCUUCAAAGAAGGUCGCAAUCGCGCACUCGAGCGAGGGCAAAAUCUGGGUCGACACCAACGUCGCCUUCUCCAAGCGUUACCUCAAGUACUUGACCAAGAAGCACCUCCGCAAGCAGCAGCUCCGUGACUGGCUCCGUGUCGUCGCCACCUCCAAGCAGGGUUACGAGAUCAAGUUCUUCAACGUCUCGUACGACCAAGAUGAGGCUGAGAACUAA